UUCCGUAUAACCACCGUCGAAGAAGAAAACGCGGAAGUUGGUCUGCUUUUUAGUUGGCGUUCGAGUGACAAAGCAGACAGCUCUUGUUCUUGCGCAGCUCGCUCGAAUAAAACGUGCAAUUGUUGAAAUAGUUACAAAAUAAAUACUCGGGCUACGCGCAAGCGAUGGCGUCGCACGAGGAGCAACUUUGUCGAGCGAGAGAAGAGAAGGAUGGAGAAGCUCGACAACUGGCCGCCAUUUUCUCUGCCUCCGGUGCCUCACUGCACAGUCGAGACAUCCAGCAGGCGAUCGGUCAUCGGGAAGAUCAUCCGGAGCCCCGCUGUAUUAAAGAGGAAGACCAAGAUCCGCAGCCGCACCGUGUUAAAGAGGAAGAAGAGGAGGUCGACGUCAGCGAGUUCUCACUCAAUGUCGUCGUCGUGAAGAGCGAAGACGACGAAGGCGACGCAGCCGAGUGGUCGCGGCUUCAUUGCCGCAGUCCCGGCGGAGAGUGUCGCGAGGCAGAGCCCGCCGACCGGCGCUUAGCUGCGCCUUCACGCGGCGGUGACUUGGAGAAACCCUCGAGGAGCGCCGCAGAUGCCGGAGAGGACGACAGACCUUUGGCAAGCGCCGCGAAAGAACAUCUGACCUGCUCACUUUGCGGUAAAAGCCUCUCUUGCAAGUACAGCGUGAAGGAGCACAUGAGAACGCACACGGGAGAAAAGCCCUUCAGCUGUGCCGUUUGUAGUAAAAUGUUUGCUUGCAAGUCGAAUAUGGUGAGACACAUGAGAGCACACACGGGCGAGAAGCCGACUUUUCAUUGCUCAGUUUGCGGCGACACGUUUGCACAAAAGGGCUCGUUGAUCGUGCACAUGGCCACGCACACGGAAGAGAAACGCUUCGCCUGCUCCGUUUGCGGGAAAAGAUUCGCAAAGAAAAAAAAUCUGACAGUCCACACGAGGACGCACACGGGAGAAAAACCUUACGGCUGCUCCGUGUGCAGCGAAACCUUUGCCAAGAAGAUCUUUUUGAUUGCACACACGGCCACACACACCGGAGAGAAACCUUUCACCUGCUCCAUUUGCGGCGAAAGCUAUUCGUACAAGCGCAGUUUGAACAUCCACAUGCGGACACACACGGGGGAAAGUCUGGUGAGCUGCUCGGUUUGCCGUGAAAGUUUUUCUUACAAAAGAAGUUUGAAAGCACACAUGCGGAAACACACGGGAGAGAAACCUUUCACUUGCUCCGUGUGUGGCGACAGUUUUACCUACAAGCAAACCUUAAAUGCGCACAUGAAAAGGCACACGGGAGAAAAACCCUUCAGCUGCUCAGUCUGCGGCGAAAGCUUUACCUAUCGGCCGACUUUUAACGCACACGUGAGGACGCAUACGGGAGAAAAACCUUUCACCUGCCCGGUUUGUGGCAAAAGCCUUUCUUACAAGCACAGUUUGAACGAGCACAUGCAGACGCACGCAGAUAAACGCUUUGGUUGCUCCGUUUGCGGGCAGCAGUUCGCUCAGGAGGCCUCUCUGAGGGCACACACGGCAUCGCACACGGGAGAAAAGCCUUUCACCUGCUCCGUUUGUGGCGAACGCUUCACUCAGAAGCAAUACAUGCUCAAACACAAGAGAAGGCACACAGGAGAAAAGCGCUGCACGUGCUCAGUUUGCGGGAAAAGUUUUGCCUCCAAGCAGCAUUUGAACGUGCACAGGUGGACGCACACUGGAGAAAAACCCUUUCGCUGCUCAGAGUGCGGCGAAAGCUUCACGCAAAAACAAUACAUGGUCAGACACAUGCGGAAGCACACCGGGGAGAAACCCUUCAUCUGCUCCGUCUGCGGUAAAAGUGUGACGUCCAAGCACAGCUUGAUUGCGCACAUGCGGGGCCACACGGAAGAGAAACCCUUCACUUGUUCUGUCUGCGGCAAACGAUUCACCAGCAAGAGGAAUCUCAACGUGCACAUGAGAACGCACACAGGGGAAAAACCCUUCAGCUGCAUAGAUUGCGGGAAAAAAUUUGCCUUCAAGCAAAACUUGAACGCGCACAUGCAGACUCACAGCAAGGAAUGAACGUUUUUAGAUUCCGCAACCGUUUCAGUUUUUUUAAUGAGGGUGGGGAACGAUUAGGCAACUGGCAUUUCAUACCUGUAAUCUCAAAUUUUUUUCUGUUAUUUUAAAUGAAUGAGUUGUUUCAAACGCUCUUAUCUGCUUUGUUACCUGUGGUGGAAAGUAACAAAAUUCAAAUACUCUCUUACUUCUCGUAAUUUAUUCAGAUAAUGGUACUUCCCUUGAUUAUUUCUGUCUCAGACUACUGUUUAUCUUUUACUUAAUCAGCUAUGUCAGCAAAUCAGCACUGCAAAAAUUGCUGGCUCCCAUAUUGGGUCAAAUUGGGACUAACCCAAUUUAUUUUCAUUUUAUUUUUUUAAGAAGCCCAAAAGUU